UCUGAUUUAGUAACCUGAUCUCCUAUUGCCUGACUCUCGACUAAGAGAGAGAGAGAGAUGGAGAGAGAAGCAGUAGUUCCUCACGUGCUGAUCUUCCCCUUCCCAGCUCAGGGCCACAUGAACUCCAUGCUCAAAUUGGCGGAGCUCCUCUGCCCAGCGGACUUUUACAUCACCUUCCUAAACUCCGACCAUAACCACAAACGUCUCCUCCGCUUCACCGACGCCGAAGUCCGCUUCAGGCAUUGGCCCAAAUUCCGCUUCGAAUCCAUCACUGAUGGCCUCCCAGACGACGACUACCGUUCAUCAGAACGCACCUUCGAAAUGUUCAACACCUUGGAGUCCAUCACCAGACCUCUUUUCCGAGAGCUGAUCAUCUCCCUAUCACGUCCACAUCAGGAAAUUUCACCGUUAAGUUGCAUCAUAGCAGAUGGAAUCAUACCUUUAGCCAUUGAUGUGGCAGAGGAGCUUAACAUCCCAAUUAUUUCUUUCCGUACCAUCAGCGCUUGCUCCUUCUGGGCCUACUUCUGCAUCCCCAAACUAAUUGCAGCAGGCGAGCUUCCCUUCCAAGGAGACAUGGAUGUGCCGAUAAAGUGCGUACCAGGGACGGAGGGUUUCCUUCGCCGUCGAGAUCUCCCCAGGUUCUGCAGGACGGAAGACUUGAACGAUCAUGUGUUCCAAGCUGUUUUAAUGGCGACCCAGAAGACGACUCGGGCAUCUGCACUUAUACUCAACAGUUUCGAAGACCUGGAAGGCCCGAUACUCUCUGAAAUCCGUUCUCACCUUCCCAAUCUCUACGCCAUCGGACCGCUCCAUGCCCACUCCAAAACCCGACUGCUCGAACAAUCCUUGGUAUCGCCGCUUUGUUCCAACAGCCUCUGGGAAGUGGACAGAAGCUGCAUGAAGUGGCUUGAUUCUCGGCCGCCAGAGUCGGUGGUUUACGUCAGCUUCGGCAGUUUGGCAGUGGUGGACAGGGAGACACUGUUGGAAUUCUGGUACGGUCUGGUCCGCAGCGGGAAACCCUUUCUGUGGGUCGUACGGCCUGAUUCCGUUACCGGAGGAGAAGUAGAUGACAAGAUUCCGGGAGAGUUAGUGGAGGGGACAACGGAGAGAGGGUGUAUAGUGGGGUGGGCGCCACAGGAGGAGGUGCUGGCCCACCCAGCGGUGGGUGGGUUUCUCACCCACAGCGGUUGGAAUUCAACGUUAGAGAGCAUAUACGCCGGGGUGCCCAUGAUUUGCUGGCCCUACUUUGCAGACCAGCAGAUCAACAGUAGGUUCGUGAGCGAAGUGUGGAGAGUGGGGGUGGACAUGAAGGACACCUGCGACAGAGUGAUCGUGGAGAAGAUGGUGAAGGAUGUGAUGGAGCGGAGGGAAGAGUUGAUGGGUUCGGUGGACAAGCUGGCGAAGCUGGCAAGGAGCUGCGUUAGCCAAGGUGGGUCCUCACGUUCCAAUGUUGACAGGCUGAUCCAAGACAUAAGAUCCAUGGCUCGAUCAUAG